AUUGGCUCUUGCUGUCUGAUAGCCUUCAAACUAGGACCUCAGCUCUUCCUGAUUUUACAGCACAUUUUGGCCUUUAGACUCAAACCGAGACAUCAGCUCUGCAGAUUUUGGACUUGCCAGCCUCCUCCAUAACCACGACCAGAAUGAAGAGGACGUCCAAGGACAGCCGGUGCAAAUUGCCAGACAACACUGCCUUGAAGCAGCAGCAAUUGCCUGCCUACCGGCUACAGCUUUCAGCCACCGGAGUCCUCUCCGGCUUUUUUGCCACAGGAGUGUUCUGCCUUGGUGUGGGCAUCAUCCUUAUAUUGUCUGCAAAGAGUAUCAAGGAAAUAGAGAUUAAAUACACAGAAAUCUGUGGAAAUUGUGCAAAACUGCGAGAAGAUGCCACUAAUUUUGACAAAGAAUGCACCUGCUCUAUUCCCUUUUACCUUUCAGAGACGAUGCAGGGUAAUGUUUAUAUGUACUACAAAUUGUAUGGCUUCUAUCAGAAUCUCUAUCGUUAUAUUCUAUCCAGAAGUAAUAGCCAACUUGUGGGUACAGACUUAAAGGAUGUUGGAAACUGUGCUCCAUUUAGCAAGUCCCACGAUGGGACUCCCAUCGCUCCUUGUGGUGCUAUUGCCAACAGCAUAUUCAACGAUACCAUUAUUCUUUCAUACAACCUUAAUUCAUCUAUACCUAUCAAAGUCCCAAUGCUAAGAAGUGGAAUUACAUGGUGGACAGAUAAGUAUGUCAAGUUUCAGAAUCCAAGUUCCAUUAAUCUUUCUAGCGCAUUUGCAGGGACCACAAAGCCCCCAUCCUGGGCUAAGCCUGCCUAUGAACUGGAUGAAGAGGAUCCAGGAAACAAUGGCUUCCUCAAUGAUGACUUCAUUGUGUGGAUGCGGACAGCCGCCUUUCCCACUUUCAAAAAACUGUACCGUCGACUCAAUCGAAUACAGUACUUUACUGAAGGCUUGCCUGCUGUAACCAGGUUCAGAGGAGAAAAAUCAGUUGUUCUUUCCACCUUGACAUGGAGUGGAGGCAGUAGCCUUUUCUUAGGUCUCGCCUACACAGUGACAGGAGCGGUGACAUGGUUGGCCUCCUUUUCCAUGAUGGCAGUUCAUUUGAUGCUGAAAGACAGGAAAAUGCUCUUCAUCCAGCAGUAAAGUCAAGUUUUAAGAAGAAAAGCAGAAAACACAGAAUUGGACAAUGAAGUAACUAACAGAGCCAAAGAUUUCUGACAAGGCUUGAAAUGACUGGGAUAUUUCAUCAAGGAGAACUGGAUUGACUGACCAAGUACAAUCCCAGAUAGAUAGAUAAUGAGAGAUUCAGAGUGAAGACGAGGAGGAAGACAGGGAGGAAGAGGAGGAGGAGGAAAAGGCAUAGUUAUGUAGAGUAAAA